GGGUAAGCCGAUUGAUGCCGAGUAUGAACGAAAACAACCGAUGUGCAAUGCUGCUAUGAUGGAUCUGUCGAUCAGUCGCAAUGUAUGCUUUUCAUCGGUAAUAACAGUUAGGUGCAGUGAUAGUAAUUGCACUAGAAACACGGCAUUGGUUAAUGUUACGAAUCGUGUAUAUACGUGUCAUAUAAAUUAGCGUUCAGUGCGAAGUAUAGAAAGCCGUUUCGUCGUCUUGAUAAAAGAGUUAGACAAGCAGAGACAAACACAUAGAUAUAGAAGGGUGAGAGGAAGGAGAGAUAGAAAGAGAAAGAUAGAAAGUGAAACUUGCAAGGGAUACGCGUCUCGCGCACGAGCUUUUAUCGUUCGUUUGAUUUCGGUGGUUAAAAAACGAAACGUUUAAAAAAAAAAAACCAGAAAUAAAUAAAUAUAAUCAAAAUCUAAAUCAAAAAGGUUAUAUCGAAUUGAAAGGGUUAUGAAAGGAAAGAAAGAUUUAAUAAAAGAAGGGGUGAAAUAAGUGAUAAAAAUGUUAGUUGAGAAAGCGAAUAAGAAAGGCUGAAGAGAGCAAAGACCGGUCGAUUGGUGGUGUGUGGUGUGGUGGUGGUGGUGGUGGUGGUGGUUGGUGGUCGUGAUCGUGUCGUGUUGUGUCGCGCGCGCGAGACAAGAAACAAAAGAGAGAAGGAAAGAAGAAGGAGGAAAGAAGGAAGAAAAGAGGAGAAGGAGGAGAGGAAGCCGCUUUGUAACUCCCCGAAUUGGAGGACGGCCCUCGACGCCGUUGGCAAAGCGUGUAUCUUCCUUGCAGCGAAGAAUGGGUGAGUACGCGAUGCACAAGGAGGAAUGUCGCGCAACGUCGGUCCUGGACUUUAUGAAUUUCUUAUGGAGGCUGAAUUGCAACAGUAUUAUCCUGGUAUACGGGGGGACCUUAAAGUUCAAACGACAGCACAAUUAAAAUAUGUAACGGAAGAAGAUUUAAAUGCUAUAGGAAUGAGUAAACCUGAAAUGAGACGCUUAAAAAAGUAUUUUCAAAAACACUUUCCACAAAAUUAUCUUUCCAAAUUUAAGAAGAUGUUAUUACCAAAGCGUGAAGAACAAACACCAAGUGCUCUUGGUAUGUUACCGGAAGAAAGACAAGAUAGGCCUCCUGUACGUGUUCCUAACAAACAUAUGAUUCCUGCUGAUGCAAUAAUAGUAAACAAGGAAUUGGGAACUGGAGAAUUUGGAGUUGUGCAACAAGGUGUAUGGACAAACGACGGUGAAAGGAUACAAGUUGCAAUAAAGUGUUUAUCGAGAGAAAGAAUGCAGAAUAAUCCUAUUGAAUUUUUAAAAGAAGCUGCCAUUAUGCAUUCUAUCGAUCAUGAACACAUAGUUAGAUUAUACGGUGUAGUUUUGGAUACAAAUUCAUUGAUGCUCGUAACAGAACUAGCACCCUUGCGUUCUCUAUUGGAAUGUUUAAAGGAACCAAGUUUACGAGCAAGUUUUCCUGUUCUGUCGUUGUGUGACUUUGCUGUCCAAAUAGCUGAUGGAAUGCAAUACUUGGAAGCUAAGAGAUUAAUACAUCGAGAUUUAGCUGCAAGGAAUAUUCUCGUGUUUUCUAAAAACAAAGUCAAGAUAUCAGAUUUUGGAUUAUCUCGAGCACUUGGUGUUGGUAAAGAUUAUUACCAAACUAAUUUCAAUGUUAAUUUAAAAUUACCAAUUGCUUGGUGUGCUCCUGAAUGCAUAUCCUACCUGAAGUUUACAUCAGCUAGCGACGUAUGGGCAUAUGGUGUAACACUUUGGGAAAUGUUUAGUUAUGGUUUCCAACCAUGGGCUGCAUUGACUGGUCAUCAAAUAUUGGAAGCUAUUGAUGAACCUAACUUUCAAAGACUCGAACAACCAGAAUGUUGUCCAAAAGAUUAUUUUUCUUUGAUGCAACAAUGCUGGCAACAUGAACCAUCCAAGAGGCCAAAGUUUUCUGAAUUAAUUAAUUUAUUGCCAGAUUUAAAACCGGAACAAGUUCAAGCUGUACAGGACAGUACGGAAACUGGACAAUUAGUUUAUAGACAAGGUGAUAUAAUAACAGUGUUGGAUAAAGGAAGUAGCAAUACAAUGUGGAAGGGUGUUUUAAAUAACGGUAAAACAGGAAUAUUUAAUCCUGCACACACAAUAGCUUAUCUCGGUUCGAAUUUACCGAGCAACAAGCCAGGAGAAUUUACAAGAGGCGAUGGUAAAAAUGCAUUUUCAUCUCAACGAAGAAAAAUUCGUACGGAUAUGAUAUCUUCCCCUCAAGGCGAUUUAAAACAUACUGGUCACGUUGGACUGGAUGGCGCAUAUUUUGGUGAUAUCAGUUUUCUCGGUGGCAAGUACCCACAUUUACCACGUCAAGUGGUAACCCCAUAUAAACCCCAAGAAGAUGUUACGGAUAAUUCUAGUCAAAUUUUAAAUCAAGAUGUAAGAAGCUUAGAAAUAGACAGAGAAACUUUGAGGGAUAGCAGGGCUUUGCAACAAGAACAACAAAGUAAACAUGACAAUUUAUGGUCAGACGUUAAUUCUGAGAUGUGCCAAAUGGGAAAUAUUCCCAAUGCAAGCAAACAACCCGCUGUUGUAUCAUCCAAUGCGAUUGGUAAUAUCGAAAGUCUUGGAGCUGAUCACGAAUAUCAUGAGAUCAGUGACGAAGAAAAUCAAGAUAGUCCACUAAGAUUUGACAAAACGCUUAACUUUGAUUUUGGUCCAAGUCUUUUAGCUGAGAUGGAUCAAAUGUUUAGGUCUCUAGGUUCUUCAGCUCCUCCACCACCACCUGGACAUCCUUUGCCUACCGAACAUGAAUCGAGUAACGCAAGAAAUGAACUUCGAGAAAUACAAGCUAAACAAUGCAGCAAGAAGAAACAAGCGACCGUGAGUCCAAUAAAUGUGAAGCCUAUCUCAGCAGCCGAUCAGAAAACACUCUACUCGGCCAUUGCUAUGGCACAGGAAUUGACAGCACGUUCCAUGACAGAUCUUGAACAUCCACCGGAGUCUCCCCGAACACCCGCCAGUCCUUCAAGACGCAGAAAAUUCUCUUUUAAGUUGCCACAUCAACACAGUCCCAAACCAGACAGACGACACUUUUCAGAAGAAGCUGCCAGAAUACCUGACAUGCAGUGGCUAUGUUCGAGUCUACAAUCACUAUCUUCUACGGUAUCUAGUAUAGAAUCUCUUGGUGCUCCAUCAACUUUAAAACUGCCUUUGUGGGACAAAGCCUCAGCAGAGUUUUGCUUUGCUAAAUCUCGCGAACUUCUAACUAAACCAAGUGCCUGGACCUCUUACAUGGAUAUUGAAUUUGAUGCCCAUUUAUUGGACAAUGCAGCAACUAAACAAAAUCUCGUUAAAUCCAGCGAAUUCCUUGAACAUGGAAACAGGAAAAGUGGUAGUUACAAUUGCGAAAAUGCAAUUGACAUUAAUCCUAAUCAUAACCUUAAACAACACAACGGCACGGUAUCCUUUAAAAUGGAAAAUCCUAAUCUUGACUUCCCACGUGAACCUAAACGGAUAUCAACCAGUUACGUUGAUCGUUAUUUCGAACAACCGAAAUAUUUUGACGAGGACAGUGCUCUGAGUUGUUCCGUCGACAAAGCUUUGCGUUUCACCGAUGAGAAAUCUGAUAAAUUUGAUAAAUUGAAUAAUUUGGAACAUUCCGUUAGAUCUUCUUACGUUAGCAACAUCCAAGAACAAAGUUCCAUGAUGACUAGUAACAGACCCGGUCAACAACAGUUAUAUCAAAAUAACAAAGUUGAUAAUUGUGAACAAACCUUGCAAGAUAAGACAAAUUCGACGAAUUUCGAUGUGGCUCGAGAAGAAACGCCGAAUUACGACUUAUUGAAAGAGAAAACGGCAAAUCUUGAUUCUUCUCGCAAUAAACCAGUUAAAUUUGAAUCUCAAAGAGAAAAGAUAAGUAAUCUUGACGUUGGAACGAGACCGAAAUUGUCGAGUUCUUUCAGCGAUUCUUCCAAAGUUAAUAUAACAGAAUUUACUAAGAAGAUUGACAUAGCAAAAGCAAGAGCUGCCAAAGUUACUUUUGUACCCAGAUCGAAUCAUCCUGGUCAAGAAACUAAAAGUAUCGUUUAUGGUUCAUCCGAUAGCAUUAAAACAAAUGUACAAACUGGUACGUCAGAUACCAGUUCGACUACUGCUAGAGGAAACGUGGAAACUGUAAGAAUAAAUAUUCAAAGUUUUCGUAAAAUUGAACAAAAUCAAAAUGGUUUCGAUUCAUUCCCGUUCGUAAUAUCAAACAACCCUUUGUUUAUCGCCGAAUCAGAGAAAAAGGAAUCACCGAUAUACAGCAGUUCGGAAAGUUUGCGGGUUAAUUUUCAACGCCUUAGGCGAAAGUCUGAUGCCGAGGCCAAUAGUCAAGUUGAAUUGAGUAGCAAAAUACUUGCUGAAAAAUAUCAACGAGAAGUAUCAGGUUUGGAGAGCGUUAAAAGUUAUCUGGACUCGAAGAAGGGUCAAGGAUUGAGUUUAGGAUUAGGAAAGUUGACACAAAAUAUGAUGCAACUUGGAAAGAAUAUCAGUCAAAAUUCGAUGUCCAAUAAAUCAAUGUUACCAAAUAUGAGAAAGUUGGAUUUGCCUAGUCAAUCUCAAGUACCUUUUCGUAACUUGAACAUUCCACUUCAGAAACCAAAGCAUUUGGAUUUGAAUAUACCGUUGCAGAGUCAACAACAGCAACAACAACAACAACAAUCGAGUGCUGUUAAAUUAAAUAUAACGCAGAAAACUAAUCCACCAACUAGUCCUAGUAUACAUCAACAUAUAUUGGAACCACCAAAAUUGUAUCAAAACGAAACAACUAGGAAAGAAUUACCAAAGUCUGAAUUAUUAGUAGAAAAAUUGACAAGCAAUACAAAUGUUUAUCGACACAGAACUUCGUCGUUAUCUGAGAAUCGAAAACCACCUAUAAAGAACGUCCGCAGAUCGUUUCAUCCUCGAAACGAUUCUAGCGAGGAUUCCGAUUCGGUUUCUCAUUCAGAGACAGAUAUAAGAAGUCGUUUGCGUUACAAGCGUCGUAGCAAAAAAGUCCCACACAGUUUGAGGCUAAACUUUAAGAACAAAGGACAAUUUCUUCAUCCAGAUUCGGCUCGAGGAUUUUCCUCAGUGGAAUUGUGUGGAAAAUCACCGCCACCUUCUACGAGUUUCCUCAAUUCCUUAUCCCCACCCUUUUCUUCUAGAAACAACUUGCUUUCUUGGCCUGAAAGUGCACCAAGUUCUAGCUUAACCUUUACUAGUAAUUCCGAUCUAGAUUCUGACACUAGUUCGGAGUAUCCAGAAUUUACCAACGACAUAUUAACCUUCCCACCUUCUCCAGCUCCUUAAACAAUGAACGAGCACGAAAGAUCGAGUCGCACGAUGGACAAAUGAAAAAGAUAUGCAUAAAACAUUAUUCGGGAAAAAGGAAUCAUGAAACAUAUACAUAUAUUUAUGCCUAGCGUACAUAGCAUGCUUGCAUGUUCUUCUUUGUUAUCUCGAUCAUCCAACAAUAUUAACCGAGUAAUAACUUUGGCUUUAUCGAUGAGAGUUUAUACCAUUUUUACCUUAUGAAACUUAGGUAUUACGCGUGUUCUAACCAUUAUCUAAGAACGAUGGUUAAUAAUACAUAUACACAUACAUACACACUCGAUAUUGCACGAUAAAACCAAUCCUUAUUUGUGUCUUUUGCGCAUUGUGUCGCACGCAUCUUUAAUCCAAUGCAGCAAGUUGCAUUCGUUAUGCUGCACAAAGUAUCUUAUCUUAUUAUUCGUUUACACGCACACACCACAAGCACACACGAACCGUUCGUAAAAAAAGGAGUCCAAUAAAAUAGCACGAUUCGUUGAUAAUAGAUAAAUAUCAUUUAAUUGUUUAUCAUCAUUAUUAUCUUCUUAUUAUAGUUCAUCAUAUUCUUCU